GGAAAAAAUUAGGGCUUAUUGUCUGUGCAAGUUCACCCACACUGCUCACUCCUGUCUGCCGUGUCCCAGAUGACCGACUGAUCACGACCUGAACCGAGCUCCGGGAGCCGAGGAAGAGACACAGGCACAGUGCUCCGACCCACAACAGGAGCACCCUGCCUAAGGAGGGAUGCCAUCGGUACCCAGGAGAUGCUGGGGGCUGCUCCAGCCCCGUGCAUGAGAGCAGACACCCCAGGGACCCUGUGCCCCAAACUGGAGCCUUGUCCCACCCUGAGCUGAGCAUCGAGGGAUGCAGAGAGCAGGCUGAAAUUUGAAGCAGAAGGACAUCCUCACACUGGACACAGCCUGGUGUGUGGCUCAGCCCUGAACAUGACCACAGAGAGUUUUGCAGAGUUCCUGAACAAGCUCAAGGAAAUCCAUGAGAAAGAGGUCCAAGGUCUGCACAGCAAGGUGACGGAGCUGACGACAGAGAAGUGCCGCGAUGCUCAGAGGAUUGAAGAGCUGUUUGCUAAAAAUCACCAAUUAAGGGAACAACAGAAGGUCCUGAAAGAAAAUGUGAAGGUGUUAGAAAACAGGCUGCGAGCUGGUCUUUGUGACAGAUGCAUGGUCACUCAGGAGCUGGCCAAAAAGAAGCAGAAUGAGUAUGAGACCUCUCAUUUCCAGAGCCUGCAGCACAUCUUCAUCCUCUCAAACGAGACCAAUCGCCUGAGGGAGGAGAAUAAAACUCUCAAGGAAGAACUGAAGAGGCUCCAGAGCCUGGAGGACAGGACAAAGACCCCAGGAGUCUCCUCCAGAGAAAGCUGCUCCACACCAAGCUCCCCUUUGACUUUGCUGUCCCCAGUGAGCAGGAAUGUCAGCGCAGAGAAGGCAGAGCAGAGGGAAGCGGGAGCCCAGCAGGACGUGCCAGACCUCGAGCUCAGUGAAGAAAAGCCUCCAGAGAAGCUCCAGAGAAGCUCUCCAAGCAGCAGGACUUCUCCGGGCACUCUCCUCCAAGAAGUCAGCCUUGCAGAAAUAGCAUCCCAGAGGAUUUCCAACCAGCUGCAUGGAACCAUUGCCCUGGUGAGACCUGGCUCCAGACCCUGCCUCCUGGAAAAGAGUCCUUCAGGGCCAGCAGUGUCUCCACCAGGCAGGAAGGCUCCUCUCCCUGCAGAGCAUGAGCACAGCCCCAGCCUCGAGGCUUAUUUAACAGCGAGCAAACUGGACUCCGCCAAGGUUGCUCCAUCCUACGAAAACCUAAAGCUGAGUGCCCGGAGAGAGCAGCUGUGCCUCCUGCACAAGCACCUUUCCCUGCAGCAGCUGGGGCUGGCGAGUCCCAGCGCCCCGGGCGAGCGGGACGGCGGCGGCUUCCCCGGCCACCUGCUCCGGAGCAAGGCUGCCGACGGCAGGACGCGCUCCCGGGACACCUGGGAUGACCACCUGCUGAAGCUUCCUGCCACCAUGGUGUACGUGAGGGACCAGCAGCUGGAGGAGAAGCUGCAGCUCCUGAAGCAGCGGGAGCGGCUGCAGCAUCUCCUGCUGCAGCAGUGCCAGCCGGGCCCGCGGGCACACGGCGACACCAAGCCCCCGCCCGCGGAGCGGCCGCUGUCCCCGUGGCUGGGCAUCGCCGCAGGAUGCAAGGAGGAGAGGUUAUUCCUGGAGGAUGCUGCGGAUGGGAAGGGAGAGAAGGAGCUCUGGCUGAGCCGGGACCGCGCCGAGCUCCGAGCGAAGGUGAAGGAGGCGAGGGACGAUGAUGCGGACGCGCCGCUGGACCUGUCCGAGUCCGGCCGCGGCAGGGAGACAGACUGGCACAGACAGACAGACGGCCGCCGGGAGCUGCGGGGCUGCGGCAGCCCGCGGGACAGCCCCGGGGACAGCCCCGCAGGGGGACACAGGGCUCAGCGGGACGAGCUGCGCUGCCCCUACCACUGGCCCGGUGGCACCCGGGCACUGCCUGCUGCUGCCAAGGAGGAGGAGGAGGAGGAGGAGGAUGCAGCUGUGCUCAGGCUUUCACGGGCGUAUCUGACAAACAGCUCCACACCGAGCGACCCAGAGGCCCCUCCUGAGGCUGGGCUGAGGCGGGAUGUUGGUGCACAGAAGGGAGAAGCAGAUGACAAUGAUGCCGAGUCUGGGAAGCAAGAAUCCGAUGAGCCAGACACAACGGACAGUGAGGACAAGUAUGAAGAUGAGAUCCUACAAGAAGCUGAGGCUGACGGGAAACACUUUUGCACCAAAGUUCAUGCGCAGCAGAGGAAGAGAAAAAGAGGACAGGAUCCCUGGAUAAAAGGAUCUAAGAAGUCAAUGAGAGGAAAAAAGAAAAUCAAAGUGGAGCAAUGCCCAGUGGGGAUCACAAAGGAACUGGAGAAUUGCUCUGCUUCCCACAAUGAUCCCUCCAAGGACAGUUAACAGCAGGGCAGGAUGGAGCAACUGCAGACCAAAGGACAGCGCUCAGAGACCUCAGAAUCCCACCCACGCCAGGAGAGUGAAUCCUCCUGUCAUGCUGGGCCAGGCAGUGGGGAAUUCAUAAGGACCCAUUUGUGAGCAGAGCACCCUGAAAGUCCUCACUCAGUGCCACAGGAGAGGCUGAGCAAGGAUGAGCCAUGCAGGUGACACCUGGAGCAGCCAGGUCACUGCUGGUGGAGCCCCACAGUCAGUGAUCCCAGCCCUGUGCCAGAGCAGAGCCGCAGAUUGGAGCUAGGAAGAGGAGAUGUCUCUUUGGAACCCUCACCCUGCAUCAGAACCGUGUUAUCCCUGGGAUUUCACACUUGGAGAAUGGACUACCAGACCCUUGUCCUCAUGAAGGAUGUCCCAGUGGCUGGCUGAGGGGUGGUGAUCAAACCAAACACUGCAGAGCCCCAUGGACAGCCUGCUUCAAUUAAAUCCCUACCCAGG